AUGAGCGAUUCAGUUCAGAUUCCGUCUUUGGUCAAGUUCUUCAACGGCGGACUGGCUGCGACUGCGGCCACAGUCGUUGUACAUCCUUUGGAUGUACUAAAAAACCGUAUGCAGAUGGCUGGACGCGAUGUUACUGCCACUGAAAAACAAAAGUCCAUGGGUGGUAUUGUACGAUCUAUGCUCAAGGAAAAAGGGGUGACAGCCUUUUAUCCUGGACUCUCCGCUGGCAUCCUCAGACAAGCUACAUAUUCGACAACACGAUUGGGGAUGUACAAUUCAUUAUUUACAAUCAUGUCUGGGGAAGACAACAAACCUCCUAGUUUGGUGGUUAAAUUGGGCUUGGCUAUGGUAUCAGGAAUUACAGGUGCUGCUGUUGGUACUCCAGCUGAAGUAGCUCUUAUACGAAUGACAUCUGAUGCACAAUUACCUUUAUCUGAAAGACGUGGUUAUACUAGUGUUAUUAACGCAUUGGCUAGAAUUGCAAAGGAAGAAGGUAUUGCUACAUGGUGGAGAGGAUGCAUUGCUACUAUGGGAAGGGCAGCUGUAGUUAAUAUGGCUCAGCUUGCUUCAUAUUCUCAAGCUAAAGAAUUAUAUCUAAAGAGCGGAUAUUUUGAAGAAAACAUAGUAUUGCAUUUUGCUUCAUCAAUGACUUCUGGUGCCAUUACAACUGUUGCAUCAUUACCAGUAGAUAUAGCCAAAACUAGAAUACAAAGCAUGAAAAUAAUUGAUGGAGUUCCAGAAUAUUCUGGUACAAUAAAUGCUAUGGUAAAAGUAGCGAAGAAUGAAGGUUUCUUUAAUUUGUGGAAGGGAAUAGUGCCAUAUUUUGCUAGAAUUGGACCUCAUACAGUUCUAACAUUCAUAGCGUUAGAAAAAUUUAAUGAGGCAUAUAAACUUGCAGUGUUUGAACGCCAGUCAAAAAAAUAAAUUACAAUUUUGAUAGUUAUUAACUAAAAAUAAUUUAUGUGCUAAUAUUUAAAAUUAUUA